GGGCUCCCGGGGACGUUUCAGAGGCUCGCACUUGCCCCGCCCCUUCCGGCCGCGCCGCCUGGCUUCCGCGGCCAGCGCGUGUGUGGAGGCCGCGUCUUCCCCCGAGCGAUCGCGGUCGGCGGUGGCUCCCGCGGGGCCGCGAGGACGGCAGCGGCAUGCCUAAAGCCCCAAAGGGAAAAACUGUAGGACGUGAAAAAAAAGUCAUCCAUCCAUAUAGUAGAAAAGCAGCUCAAAUUACAAGAGAGGUCCACAAACAAGAAAAAAAGGAAAAAUUGAAAAAUGAAAAGGCAUUGCGUCUCAAUCUUAUUGGUGAAAAACUGCAGUGGUUUCAAAGUCAUCUUGAUCCCAAAAAAGUAGGAUAUUCAAAGAAAGAUGCUUGUGAAUUAAUUGAAAGGUAUUUAAAUCGAUUCAGCAGUGAACUAGAGCAGAUUGAAUUACAUAACAGCAUCAAAGACAGGCAGGGAAGGCGGCACUAUUCCCGGGAGACAGUCAUCAAACAGACAAUGGAGCGUGAGCGACAACAGUAUGAAGGAUAUGGCCUUGAGAUUCCAGACAUUGUAAAUGCAGGUAAUCUGAGAACUUUUAGGGAAUGGGAUUUGGAUCUGAAGAAAUUGCCAAACAUUAAAAUGAGAAAAAUCUGUGCUAACGAUGCAGUCCCCAAGAAGUGCAAGAAGAAAACUCUUACAGCUGUAGACAAAGAUUUAGGGGAACUGGAACUAAAAGAUGAAUCAAGUGACUCAGAUGAGGAAAUGCCAGCAGUGGCAUAAUUGUCCUUUGUUUGAAGUGAAAAAUGUGUAUUCUCUGCAGUGAUAACUUGUGCCGCCUCACCUGGACUCCUCUUGUGUCCAUAGUAUGCCUUUGUAAUACAGCUUCUGUAGUAUUCAUGGCCAUGGAACAGAGUAAAAGUAACUCACUUUGUUGGCAGGUAUGUGCAAGCUGGAGGCUGGUAAGUUGUUUUUUUUUUUUUUGUUUGGUUUUUUUUUGUAAAAUGCCAGAUAGUAGAUAUUUUAGUUAUUGCAGCCCAAAUUCAGUUUCUGUUGCAUAUUUCUGCACGUGUGUAUGUGUUACCACCAUUUAAAAAUAUAAAGAUCGUUCGUAGUUCAUGGCCACACACAGAAUAGGCCGCAGGCUGGACUUUGUCUACUUGCAAUAGUUUGCCAAAAAGCUGCACUUCACGGCUAUAGGCUAAUGGUUCGUCUCUAAGCUCAGAGCAGCUAACUCUGACACCUGAGCUGAAGGCAGAUGCUUAACUGACUGAGCCACCCAGGUGCUCCGGGAUAACUUUGCUUCUAAACACGUUUUUCUUUUUGAAAUUUUAUUUUUUAGAGCAAUUUUAAGUUCAUGUCAAAAUUGAGAAGGAAGGUAAAGAGAUCUGCUUCCUGCCCCCACAACAUGCAGAGCUUCCCCCAUCGUUGACCUUCCCCACCAGGGUCACAUAUCUGUUACAACUGCUGAACCUACAUUGACAUCCAUCACAUUUCUAGUGAAAUUCACGUUCGCUUCCAUGGCCAAAGAGUCCUGAAAUGACUUGAUUUCUGACUGGUUCUCCAGCUCAGUUUGUUUCCACUUGCCCUUGGCUAACUGUACUUCAGAUCACAGGCCUUCUGUCCAUUCCUAGAAUGGCCAAGCUGUUUUCUAUGGUGGAACAGCUCUGCUGGUACCCUGAUGACCUUGUGUUUAUCCACUUAGGUCAGACUUUGUUCAGGGUGACCCGAGCCUUCGAAUGAAUGCCCUAUGAUGUUCCUGGAACACGAGGAUAUGGGACAUGUAGGGACGACCAUGUGCCACUUCAUGUUUGCCUCCCUGUCUUCCAAGGAGGACAUGUGAGACAGUUUGUCAUUGCCUCUGGAUUUUGAUGAAGUAUGAGACUUUGCACUGUGAGGCUUUUUAUGGUGUAGCCGGAGGCCACAAGUUGCUUCGCUGCAACAUGGAAUCAGCAUCUUGGCACCAGGGUGCCCUGCUCCUUAUAUUGCAUUAUCCCCUAUCUUUCAUCUUUCAUGCUUUCUCCUUUUUGUGUCUUCCCUUGGGACAAGACUCAUGGAGAGCUGGCAGUUUGCCUUUCUUUCGCUAUCUCUCUAGGUAAUAAUUGUCUGACUCCAACAAGGGUUUGCUGUUUCUUUAGUAAUUGAAUCUUGCUUGCUACUUCCACUGAGGAUGUUGGUUACUCUUCCUUCUGCCUGCACUGCCCUUUCCCUGAGUUAAAGAACCUCUUAAUUAAUGCACCUCUUUAUUCCUUUCUAUAAUGUCAGGGUUGGCCAACCAAUGUUGGCUUUAACAUAAUAUGAAUAUGUUCAGACCCUGCUUAACCCAGACUAUUAUAAAAUCUUAAGAACUCAAGCUUUUUUGAAUGUUGCAAAUAAAUACCUGCAGAAAUCCUGGUAAAUUAGGCAAAGAGUACAGAAACCACAACAAAAGUUUAGGUCACUUGUUUAAUAUACAAAGUCUUUCACAGAUAAUUAUUUUCCUUAAUUUGUCUUAGUACACAUUAUUCACAAAACAAUAAGUUGUUAAUGCAAGAGAAUUAGGUAAAACCAAAAAAGUACAAAUGCUCAAUCUCAAAAAUUGCACACAGUUAAAUUUUUUUUUUUUUUUUUUUAAUAUGAUCUCCAAUUUCAAAAUGGGCUUUCUUCAGAUUUGGAGGAAACACUGCAGCCCAAAAUAACAGUACUUCCUUUGAGCUGUAUUGAUAUGUAAAAUAGCACCUUUGGGCUGAGUUAAGGAAAGGAAAAAGGUUUUUCAUCUUUCUUAUUAAUUAAAAUAUGAGUCCUAUACAGUUAUUACAUAACAACUACAAUAAUGGUAAAAAGUUUAAAGAGCUCCACUUUGUUCCAGAAUAUUCAAAGGUAAGGUAAGGAAAGGUAAACUGUCAGGUGAAUGAAUGCAGUAAUCUUCCCCACCUCACCCCCUUGACAGAGUAUCUUAAUGAUGCCAUUGCUCUAAUGAGCUAAUUUUCCAGCCAAAUAGUAGGUGUUUUAGGGGUACCUAAGGGCCUCUUGGAAAACAGGAUAAAUGCGGCUGUCUGGGACGAUAAUCACAUGUAAUAGCAGCUCCGAGUGAGAUUUCAUCUUGGGGCAUUUUGAAAGACUCCUUUAAUAAAUACUUUUUUUUUCAGUUUCUCCAUUGCUGUAUCCCAGGUUGAUUGGAUCAUUUUUGUUUUGAUUUUUUGUUUGUUUUGCUUGUGUUUGUUCUUAAGCGUCAUUGCAUUCUGGACUUCACUUUAAGAAAAAAUACUGGGAUUUCAUUCCUUUACAAUUCAAUCUUUGACACAAUAAAAGUGAGAGUUCUUUGAAAAAU